AUGAUACGCAACUUUCAGGACUGCAUCGAGUUUGUUCGACAUCGCUUGCCGGACGGCGAACUAGGUCCAGCUCCACAGUUUUGCGACAUUUUCAGGCUAUUGAUGAGCCUCAAGUGUGGUGUUACAUUACGUGACUGGUGUGAUAGAAUGGCACCUCGACGAUAUAACGUCGAUGAGCGCCGGCUUGUUCAAUUUGGCAUGCAUCACCAGUUUCUGAGAAAGUUGUCAACUUAUCCUAUAUCGACGGUCUCGCCAAACGAGGUGGAACGAUCUGGGAAGAUAUUUCGGCUAUGUGAUGGUACGAGAGCGUUGGAGGAUCUGGCAGUAAUCUAUGACAUGAUGCCAGACGAGCUUCACUAUAUGUUAAUUGAAAGCGGCAAAUUCAAGUUCAUCAGCAAAUAG